AUGGGGAUAGCGGAGAAACACUCGUUGGAUAUCCCCCACGUCACCGCGGUCGAACUCCCCCUCAAUGUGCAAAAUCCCGACCGGGCAAUUGCCAUGCUUGGCGGCAAAGAUCGCAUCGCCAGCGCCAUCAACCACCGCGACAAGGCCGGCAACGCAAACAUCCACACCCCGUUAGAAAACACGUUGGAGCUCAAAUUACGGGAAAACGACCCCUUCCACCAUCCGGUACAGUCGCUGUUUCUGUCCCAUGAACGUGUUUUGCUCAAGGUGCUGGUGCCUAAGCUGCAAUUACCAGAAAACUAUAAGCUGAUGCCCCUCAAGGAAUUGUGUUCACAAACCGACUAUAAGGCUACUCCCGUGGCCAUCAUCGAUAAGACUUACUCGUUCAAGCUGAUUGCUGACUUCCAAGUGUCGACUAAGCAUAACCCUCUUGCCCAAGAGUACGCCAAUGACUUUGCUAAAGCGACUCAUCUUGAUGAGCUUAAAACUUACUUCAACCAGCACGACCAGUUCACGGGACUUACUGAUUGGAAGGACCCGAAAAACUUUGCCAAUGUUGACCACAGUCUCAUUCCGCCGCCAAUCUUUUCGCAAGUUCGGUUCCCCUUUGACUAUAAGUUUCAGCCCAGUCCCGGCACUCACGUGGUCACCGAUAGUGUAAGUGGUGAAUCGAAAGUGGUUCGUACUCGAGUACUUCCUAAGCUCCACUCGAUCAUCAUCGAAUACGGUCUGCCGGUACCGCAAGAACCGGCACCCGUCAACCGUGACCAUUUAGUUCAGCUUAAAAAGCUUCGUGAAGAAAGAGGAGAUAAGUUUGGUGAUGCGGAAACCGUUGCCGAUGCUGGCCUUCUCAAUUGUAUUGAAUGGAUGGAAGAGGUGUUUAAAACUAAGCCUAUCUGGUUAAGAAAGCAUUUGGACGAUAUCACCCCUCCUCAUCACAAGAAGUACUUGAAACAAGCGUUGCCGUAUGUGUCUUACCUUCUCAAGUCAGGGCCCUGGCGGUUCUGCUGUAUCCGCUACGGCGUCGACCCCGCUCUGGACCCGUCGUUCUGGCAGUACCAAACAGAAUACUUCCGGGUGCCACGGCAUAAGCAAGCAGUGGCACGCGAAGCUCGCAAAAAGACCUACGACCAAUGCUCUAAGAUGUUCUCCCCCACCAUCCAGGAUCGUGAGUUGGCGGACCAGUUAGGGGUUAAAGUACUGAGUAGUCUUUUGUUUGACGGCAUAAUCUUACCCACCACAGUUAAUUUCCAACUCGGUGAUCUCUUGGAUGGAGAUGUAGUUGAACUACUUCAAAAUACCCUCGAGGAUGGCGGCAGUGGUCUCAGAGACACCCCCGAUAAUAGUGACGGCUGGCUUCACCGACAGACGAUCGAGACGAUCCGGAGACUUGUGAGGUACAAAAUCAACCAGUUGGUCAAGGAGGACCCCAUCAGUGAAGAUAAAGUGGUUGAUAUUAUCGAGGGUGACUAUCUGGCGCAAACUGGCGUCGAUGAAGAUGGUGACUACACCAUGGCCGAUGACGCUUUGGCUAAUGAUGAUGACGAUGCUAAUGACGAUGAAGAACUUGAAGAAGACGAAGACGAGGAUGAGGAAGAAGAUGAAGAUGAAGAAGCGGAUGAGAAUGCAGCUGACUCAAAAGUAGUCGAAGAGGAUGUGAUGAAACGGCUUGAGAAGCUCGCCGGCAAAGAAGCGGGUCGUCAACUCCGUGGGCUUGUGGGGUAUGUCAAGCAAGACCAAUUAAAGUAA